ACGAAAGCGAAUAAAGGUUCGCGCAGGGUGGACAUUUGCGCAACGUAACGUGCGCUUGGUCUUAUUUAGACGGGGAUAAAUUCUGUUUCAGGAGGAGGGAAACUUCGUAAGCCUGGCAAGCAAAUUGUGGCCAAAUUUGACGCCAUCUGUUAUCAUCACAUAAAAAAAAACAGUUUUAGUCAUACUGAAGGUGAGUGUUGAUCUUUAAGAACCCUCUACGUGAAAAUUAAACGUUAAUCGGAAGCAACAAGAAGUCAUGUCUGGUAUAGCCUUAAGCCGCCUUGCUCAAGAAAGGAAGGCCUGGAGAAAGGACCAUCCCUUUGGUUUUGUUGCUGUCCCAACAAAAAACCCUGAUGGAACAAUGAACCUGAUGAACUGGGAGUGUGCCAUUCCUGGUAAAAAGGGGACGCCAUGGGAAGGAGGGCUGUUCAAACUGAGAAUGCUCUUCAAGGAUGACUAUCCUUCCUCUCCUCCAAAGUGCAAAUUUGAGCCUCCCUUGUUCCACCCAAAUGUAUAUCCGUCAGGCACUGUCUGCCUAUCGAUUCUAGAGGAGGACAAAGACUGGAGGCCGGCCAUUACUAUCAAACAAAUAUUGUUAGGAAUCCAAGAGCUCCUAAAUGAACCAAAUAUCCAAGAUCCGGCACAAGCAGAGGCAUACACGAUUUACUGCCAAAACAGAGUGGAAUAUGAAAAAAGGGUUCGAGCACAGGCCAAGAAGUUUUCCCCGUAAGCUUCAAUACUUCACGUCAAAGGAUUGCUCAUGUUUUUUUGUGUCUGCUCUUUUUGGUCUUUAAAACUGUCCAUAGCAAACCUUUUUGUGCUGGACUUUCUUUUUUUAACUGAAUGUUUUGUGCCAUUUUUCUGUCCUUAAACAUUCACCAUACUGAUCUGCCCCUUUAAACUUUUUGAUUUGGAGGUAUGGGAUAUGAGGUGAAAUGUAUCACCAUAAUGGAUUUGCCGGACUCCCAUCUGUGGUUUUUUGAAAAGACUGAAUGAGAUCAAUGGAUGGGAGCAUCCACUUCUAUACAUUGUCCAACUUAAUGUAUUCAAUAAAUUAGCGGUUGUCUGCCUAUAUGCUAAACUUUUUUUAUAGUAAUAAUAGGCAAGACAACCAUAGUAUGUUCAGCAGUUAACUAAAUCACAAGUCUUUGUUUGAAGUAUUUAGAGUAAAUAAAAAAUGUUUAUACAAAGUGUUAAAGCAUACAGAUACAUUCCAUCAUAUCACACUGUAUUGUAUUAUCAGAUGAUCAAGCUUAUGAACAAACUUUUUAGAUAUUGAAUGUUAUGAGGACUGUCAACAUGGAUACUGAACAGGAUGUUGCAAAAAUUCAGCAGAAUUCAUCCUCCAUGUGACAAUACUGUUUUCUUCUAUGACCGUGUACAUCCAAAUAUGUAUGCAUACAGUAUCUGUAUUUUGUAUGGGAAAUUUGGCAAACUUGUGGUAUAUUACUGAAAUGGAUGAGGAAGCCCUAAUGUGCUGAGCCCCUUGAGUGAGACAGGUUUCUUAAUGUUUUUACUGUCACAUGAUUCAAGUGUACCGUCUGAAUUCAAUUUUAAGCGUUGUUCACAUUCCUUCUCCUGAAGUGUGAUGUCAAGCUGUUCCACAAAAAAACACGUGUUUUUUUGUUUUUAACUUGACAUUAGUAUUUAAUUGUCAUUCCUACUUGCUUCCCUGUUAAGUGUUGACUAAUCAUAGAUGUGGAGGCCUAGCUUUAUUUGACAUUUAGAUUUAUUUUUUAUAUUGACUUGUUUUAUUCAACUCUUGGAGGCUGAGUCCAUUUAAUCUUAAUGUUGAAAGAAUCUAGACUGGAUGAGUAGAUCUAAUUUCUUUUGACUUUACUGACCAGCGCAUUGACAGGGUCAUAGAUAGUAAUUAAAAGCUGUCUGAUAGUUUAAGAGGAUGGUCAUGCUCUUGGAGGUUAUCUAUGUUCCCAGGGCACAUAUGUUUCCCCUGUUCAAUAGAACACAUUAACUCUCCUAUUGUUUUCAGGUCAAAUUGAACCUGUCAUGAUAGAAAUAUUGCAUAAGUAAAUAUCAAAUUUAUUGGAAUAAGGUUUCAAAAGUGCUAUAGAGACACAAUGAAACCAAUGGUUAACGUUUGAUUUUGAUCAAUUUAGGUCUAACACUGCUCUGGGGACUGAAGUGGGAAACUUGAGACCCUGGGCCCAUAGGAAUGACUCCCAUCCUGUAGUAGAGCGUCUUGCACUUUCAUUUGCUUUUCCUCAACAAUCAACCUCUACCUCACCAUCCUGCCCCACUGUGUUAUGACUCAUAACCCCAAAUAUUCAGUAAGCAAGUGUAACACACUUGGUUUUGAGGCAAUGUUAAGACAAUUGUAUUAGUUAUGUAAUUUGUUUGAGGUUGUGUGUAAGACACUGAUGAAUUGUCUCCGAGAGGAACUCCUCACUCAUACCUCAUAGCUUGUCUGAUUGCUAACUGAGCGCAGCAGGUGAAAUACAAUUAGCACACAAUGCAAAUUACAGGGUUCGCAAUGCAAAUUAAAUCAUUAGCACUGUAAUCAACAUCAGGCUAUACAUCCUG